UGACAGUGAGAGAGAGCACUCAUCGAAACUUCUUUUUUUAUUAUCGGCGAAAUUGUUCCUUAACGAAAUAAAAUUGCGGAAGAAAAUCGGUGCUGUAAUUCACAUAAGAUAUUAUGUUGUCCAGAUGUUGCGGAGCAAUUAAGGGCAACUCCUUGAGAAAUGUCUCUUUUGUGUUGAAGAUCGAAUCAAAAACAGUAACAUCUAUGCAAUGUAGGAACUUCCACAUAGCACAACCAAGACGACCACAAACUCUGACAAACAUCCAAUUGCUGCGAUGUCACAAUGUGCUAUCCGUGGCUUCACUAAGAUCGAUUAGUGAAUUAGCAAACUCUCAAUCAGCUGAUCCCGAUUUAUCAGACACACUACCCAAAAUUCCGGAACCGCCGCCUGUACCUACAGUGGAUGCUACUGAGGUUGCAACUUCAUUUGCAGCUAAUGGCGAACCAGCAUUUGAAACAAUUGGUCUUGGUGGCUACACUCCGGUCGGGCUUGUUCAAUCAGCUCUAGAAUAUCUGCAUAUUUCACUCGAUAUUCCGUGGUGGGGUGUCAUUAUGUGUGGAACGUUAGUUGUACGUACGUUGCUGUUCCCUUUGGUUAUAUUGGCUCAACGAAACGCUGCUAGAAUGGGUAACAAUAUGCCGCAAAUGCAAUCGCUUCAAUUGAAGAUGUCGGAAGCCAGAAACACAGGAAAUCAGUUUGAAUCGGCUCGAUUGGCACAGGAAAUGUACAUUUUUAUGAAGGAGAAAAACAUCAGCCCGUUCAAAAGUAUGCUGGUACCGUUGGCCCAGGCACCGAUUUUUAUCUCAUUUUUUAUGGGUCUUCGACAAAUGACGAAUGCGCCUGUUGAAUCAAUGCGAGAGGGUGGACUAUUUUGGUUUACCGACUUGUCAAUGCCGGAUCAAUUUUACCUAUUGCCGCUUAUUACCAGUGCCACUUUGUAUGUAACGAUUCUGGUGGGAACGGACGCAGCCCGAAUGUCACAGCAAUCCUCACAAGUCAUCAAAUAUGUUCUACGAGCUAUGCCAAUCGUCAUUUUCCCAUUUACCGUCAAUUUUCCGGGUGCUAUUUGUUUCUAUUGGGCGUGCAGUAAUUUCAUAUCUCUCAUUCAAGUUGGUUUCCUGAGAAUACCAUCUGUACGAACAUUCUUCAAGAUUGAAAAGGCCAUCAUUUACAGUCCCGAAACGUUGCCCAUUAAGCCAAAACCGUUUGUACAAGGAUUCAAAGAUUCUCUCACCAACAUGAAAAUCACCCGAGAACUAGCUGAACGGGAAAGAGUCGACGCGAUACAAUUCCAGCGUGCUGGGUCCGGCCCACUGGUGAAAACUUAUAAAUUCGAUCCGACCAAAGUGCAGAAAAUGCCGACGGUGCUGGAUUCAGCCACAGUCAAACCGAAAAAAUGAUGUAAACAACACGAACCACGUCUUGUCACCGAUUGAAAUAGAAUUUUUGUAAAUUAAAGAAUUUUAAUGUCCGGAAUGGUGAACAUUAAAGUCUACAAACUAAACGGCAA